UUUCGCGUUUCACUGCCCACGUGAGCCUCCUGAUUGUGUACAUGUCGAGCGAGCUCCCGGAUGCGGGCGUCUGCUUACGUGUACAAACAGGGUCGGUGACGGGGCACGUGCGAUUGGAGUUAGAGACUCGACAAUCUGCGAUCUGACGUUUCGCAAACGACGACGACGCACGGUGGAGUGACCGCCCGCGUUCCCAUUCCGCGCGAGACUCGGCAGACAUGACCGUGAAACUGAAGCUGAAAGACGUGAAGGACAAGCUGAAGGAUGACACCCUGGACCUCAGCUUGUGCGACUUGGAGGAAGUGCCUGUGCGAGAAAUCGCAUCUCUUAGGAAAGCAACAAAUGUCAAUUUGUCAACCAAUCUUCUGGUUUCACUACCGGUCACUUUUGUUACUUUAAAACAAAUUGUAAAAUUGGAUCUCAGCAGGAACAUGCUGGUCGAACUUCCCGAAAAUUUUGGUGAAAUGACACAGUUGAAACAUUUGGAUUUGUAUGCUAACAAGAUUAGCAGAUUACCUCUGAGUCUAAGCGAAUUGAAAAAUCUAAGGUGGUUGGAUUUGAAAGAAAAUCCUUUGACCGAGGCAGUUGCCAGUGUUGCAGGACCAUGCAGCAAUAUGCGCGAGUGUCAGGCAUGCGCUCGUAAUGUCGUUACUUAUCUGUCCAACGUCAAGCUCGUCAUCGAAGAAGAAAGAUUACGUAGAUUAAAUAAUGCCUCAGGCGAUGGAGACAAGGAAGUGGCAAGUACAAAAAAGGAAGGCAAAAGGAAAAGAAGGAAGAACGCAGAAAGGGAAAAAACAAAUGGAAAUAAAACCGAGUCUUUGACACAAAACGAGGGAGGAUCUUUACAGGACAAUAGCGAUAGCGCAAGAUUAAUGGGAUCGUCCGAUAGCACGUCCGCGCGUACAUCGUACAGAUCCACAGGCACUGGACUGUGCCGGUCUCUCACAUGCGUGAUCGUGUGGCUGUUCGUGGUUAGCUCGCUGCUUACCGUAACGCUGAUGAUACUCUCGUGGCGUUACGAGCAACAGACGGACACGUUCCUGCAAAAUGCACAGACGUUGUCGGGGCUGCCGUUAAAAAGUUAUCAUCGGCAAACCACGGAUUAUUUGCAGCGUAUAAUAAAGCUUGCAACCGUGCAGGUCGAAACGAUUAUCGACGCUGUCAACGAUUUUUAUAAAACGCAAUUCGAGAGUGGUACGAAUAAGGCGGAGAAGGAGUUAUAACACCAUUUGCCCAUUUCCAUUUAACCCUGGAAUGGUAUUCGUAUUUUUCUGUUUAUAUUGACACUACUUUGGGUAAAAAUUCACCUGCUCAGCAAACGAAAAUAAAUUCAAAUAAAUUGAAAAUUGCAAUUUAUUUUAAUUUAUCCGAGUUUACGUUUUAGAAUCUUGAAGUGUUUCAAACGAAUUCAAAUGGUUUAAAUAACGAAAAUAGAGAAAAUAUACCGAUUAAAAGCAGAUCUUAGUGCUCAAUAAUUUUAAAAAUAAAUUUACAAACAUUUUCCCCAAACUACGCGUCGUAUACUUAAAAGAAUCUAGAAAUGUUACGAAAAUUAAAUUGCUAAUCAAUUAAAAUGAAAUGCACUAUUCAUCAUUUUGAAUUCGGAUGUAUUCAUAGGCUUGUUUUCUAUUCCUGCACUAGACUGCACUGGAACGUUCCUUCUUGCUUUCACUAACUUUGAAAUAUCUAUCUAUUUCAUUUUAAGUGUACACUUAUUUAGAGAGUUCAGGAACAGAAAACAAACGGCAUGUCUCAUAUUAUUUUUGGAUUCUAAUAGAUUCAAAAAAUCUUGAGCGCGAAUUCGAAAAUGCUGAAAUAAAUUUAUUUCUAUCCAUUUCAAUUCAUUUUUAUUUACUGGGCAUAUAAUUAAGAAUUUUUUUAUACUCUUUUUAUAUCUAUAACUUUCAAUGCUUUUUUUAUAGACUAAUUGAAUUAACACUAGUUUUAUGUACAAAAAGUGUUAUUUAAUAUUAUUUGAACUUAACUAAAAAUAUUUAAUUUAAAAAAACUAUACUAAAUUUGAAUUGACACUUGAAUAUUCACCCAUAGUAGGAUUCGAGAGUUAAUUGUGGAAAUCGGCAAAAUCGGAAGACAUUUAAACAAAACUGAAACGAUGCAUUUAAGAUUGGGUUGUAUUAUAAAAGCUUAUUUUCGUUGAAAAAUAAACUAAUAAAGAGAUAUUCC